AUGGGUCAAUCUCAGGGCAAGGCCAAGGGAAAUGAAGAACUUCUACUUACUUCUUCUACAACAACGACCACUUCAACGGAGGGGAAUUAUAUAUUGUCAACAGCAUCUAAACGUUCAAACUCGUUGCCCUCUGGAGUUCUGUUUGUGUUGCAGGCUCUUUCUAAUCUAAUCACCAAUAAUGGAGAAUGUGGGAAAUCCAAUCACAUUUUGGUAGGAGUUGUUUUGGGUAUUCUUGGAAUCUUAUGCUUUGUUUUAUCUUUGACUGAUACCUUCAAAGAUGCGACAACAGGUAAAGUGCACUGUGGGAUUGCCACCAUUAAUGGUAUAGCCACUGGUAAUAAAGUUAAGCCUGCUAAUAAAUCCAAGUAUAGGCUUAAAAUGAAGGAUUUGGUGCAUGCAGCUGUGGCUCUUGUGGUGUUCUCUGUAAUGGCUCUCACAAACCAAAAUAUUGUUCUGUGUUUGUACCCCUCUGCUCAAAGCAGCAUAAAUAAGGUGUUGCAGGCUGUUCCCAUCGUUGUGAUUGGUGUAAGCAGUGUGAUUGUUGUUCUAGUACCUUCCAAGCGAAAUGGAAUCACUAGUCUUGUUACAACUGGUGCUAGCACUUAA